UAUAAAAUUAAAUACCAUAAAUGAGGUUAGCCUUCAACAAGGGGAAAGACAGGAUCAUUAACUCAAUGGGAAUGACUGAGCAAAUCUUAAGGCUCAUGCCUGGUAAGAACAAGAGACAUACCAUUAAGAGGCCUAUUUUGAAAGAAGUAGAGACGCCAAAGAGUGCUACUGAUACUUUUUACGAAGCAACAAAGGAGAUCCUCCCAAAGAUAGAGGAAAGUAUCGAAAGAACCCUGCUAGCCAAGUAUAUUGACACUUUUGGCAAUAGUGCUGAUAAGAAGGAAAUCUAUGAAGCUUAUAUGGUCAGGAAAGAUGAUCUCGAGAAAUUGGAAGAGAAGGCAGAAGAUUUCAUCGCAUCUCCUAGCAAUCUUGAUCCAUUUGAGCCCAUCAAGGUUAUUAGGAAGCCAUUGACCUAUGAUGAGUAUGAGGACAGGGAAAAUAUGUUCUACAGUUAUGAUGGAGAAGGAUUGAGUUACCAUACUUUUGACACUAUUGGAAAAUACACUAUUUUCCCAGAAUCCCACUGGAAGAGAAUGUUUCCCAGAGAGUCUCCUGGACAGUUUGAUCACAAUGAUUUCAACAGAAGGAAUAUCUAUGCUCUCAUGUGCACUGAGGAGAACCUGAAGUUAACUUAUGAUCUUGCCAGAAAAACUCUCCCAAAAGAUAGGAAAAUUAACUAUGAAGACUUGAUCAAGAGAAGCUCAGAUAUGAAAGAGAUCUUGAAGGAUGAAGUCAUGUUUGUACAGCUUUACCAGGACUUCUGCCUCGACCUCUUGGAUGUAAUGAAAGAGAGAGACCCUGAAGACCUUAGCAAAGUCUAUGACAGCCCUUCCAUCUUCGAUGGUGUAGUAGGCAUCUUGCUAAGAGAACUUCGUAAGAAGCCUAUCAGGAAUUUCAUUCUUUACCAGCCAACUAGAAAGAAGAUUAUGAAUGACUUCACCGACAUGUUAGAGGAGCUCUUUGAGUCAAAAGAUAUUUUCCUUAAAGAACUCAAAGAUGUGAUUGAAUUGAGACGUAUUCUUGAAAUCACUUUGACUAAGGCAGAUCUAGGAGAUUUGACUGAGUAUUCAGAGAUGAUCCAUGAUGAGAAGAAAUACAAAAUUUAUCUGCAGGGUCAUCAGAAAUAUUGCUUCCAUUUCUGGAGACCUGAAGACAUGAGAGAAUACUCCCUGCAAGGCUUUAAGGGAUUCAACACAGGUUGUUUUGUGUGGGGAAGAUCAGGGUCUGGUAAAUCUGGCACCUUGGCCUAUGCUACUGCCUGGGCUCACGAGAACAACUGGGUUGUAAUAAGCAUUCCAAGAGCAAGAAAGUUUACUGACAACAGAGUUAAAAUUGAGAGACAUAUUAACGGCCUUUAUGUCCAAGAACAACUUGCUAAGGAGCUUUUGGAGGAUCUUAGAAUUUCAAAUCUUGCUCAUUUUGAGAAAAUGCCUGUAAAUCUUAAUAUCUAUGGAAAAAUGGACAAAACUGGUGUUCACGACAACGAGCUUGCUACUUGUCAUACUGAUGAGAAUGGAAUUAAAUACUUCAGAGAGUAUGACUCAAAAAGACGAGUUUGGAAUGAUGCAUGGAAAGAGCAUCUCACUGAAUUUGAGCUGAAACAGAUCACUAAGGACACUCCAAAAAUGCUUGAGAGAAUCUCUCACUUUGUUAAAGAGCCAAAGACACUGCUAGAGAUUGCUGAUUACGGAAUUGAGCAUCCUGAACAAGCUACCUGUGCUAUUGCUGAAAUCGUUCAUCAGUUAUAUAAUACAGAUGAAGCUAAUGUGAUGGUAAUGAUUGAUGGAUACACUGAGUGGUUCAGACCAUCAGAGUAUACUUCAUUCAGAUAUGCUAACUCUGGUUACUUUAUACCACCCCAUGACAUUGCUAUCCCAAGGCUUUUCAUGAAAUUUGAUGGCCACAAGAUCAGGAAUGGGGUCAAGAUUUGCGCUGCUACUCAAGAGUCUUACUUCAACCACAAAGUUACCCCAGAAAUGAUCGAAUCUCCAAAAUGCUACAACGUAGAGAUGGGUCCAUUACACUUAAAUGAAUUCAGAAAUGCAGUGCGUUUCUUCCAGAUCGAUGGCAAGAUCUUCACAGAUAUUAAAGAAUGGAGAAUCGAGCAAAUGCAUAUGGAAAGUCAGGGAUACUGGAAAGGACUCUACGAGAGCUACUUCAAGACCAUCUCUCACUUUGAUUAUGAAAAGCGUGAGUAAUUUACUUGGAUUCCUAAAGAUGCUUUUUAUAAUAAUAAUAUUAUAAUCCAUCUUUAUUAUA